GAAAUGCAAACUGUUCGCCGGGUUGUCGUCACCUUUCCUUUUCCGCUCGGGUCACCGCAGCAGUCGGAGCGUGGUUCUCAUCAUCGAGCCGCACAAAACCAGCCAAAAUGAGCGUCCCGGCAUUUAUUGAUAUCACCGAGGAAGACCAGGCGUCAGAGCUGAGAGCCUACAUGAAAUCCAAAGGUGCUGAAAUCUCAGAAGAAAACUCUGAAGGUGGGCUUCAUGUGGAUCUUGCACAGAUCAUCGAGGCGUGUGAUGUUUGCCUGAAGGAUGAUGAUAAAGAAGUCGAGAGUGUAAUGAACAGCAUCGUGUCUCUGCUGUUGAUCCUGGAGACAGAGAAGCAAGAAUCUCUCAUCGAGAGUCUUUGUGAAAAGCUGGUCAAGUUUCGAGAAGGAGAGAGACCCUCCCUUAGGAUGCAGCUGUUGAGUAACUUGUUCCACGGCAUGGAUGAGAACGCCCCAGUGAGAUACACCGUCUUCUGCAGUCUCAUUAAGGUCGCAGCCACCUGUAAUGCCGUUGCCUUCAUUCCAACCGAUCUUGAUCAGGUCCGCAAGUGGAUCAUUGACUGGAAUCUGGACACAGAGAAGAAGCACACUCUCUUGAGGCUGGUGUACGAAGCUCUGGUUGACUGCAAAAAAAGUGAAACAGCAGCAAAGGUGAUGGUGGAGCUGCUGGGAAGCUACACAGAAGACAACGCUUCACAAGCACGAGUCGACGCCCACAGAUGUAUUGUCCGUGCGCUGAAAGACCCCAACACCUUCCUCUUUGACCAUCUUCUGACCCUGAAGCCAGUCCGCUUUCUUGAAGGAGAACUUAUCCACGAUCUACUGACGAUCUUUGUGAGCGCAAAACUAGCCUCAUAUGUCAAGUUUUAUCAGAAUAACAAAGACUUUAUUGAUUCUCUUGGCUUGUCUCACGAGCAGAACAUGGCUAAGAUGCGUCUGCUGACCUUCAUGGGGAUGGCAGUGGAAUUCAAGGAGAUCUCCUUCGACACUAUGCAACAGGAGCUGCAGAUCGGAGCAGAUGACGUGGAGGCUUUUGUCAUCGAUGCUGUUCGGACCAAGAUGGUGUAUUGCAAGAUCGACCAGACACAGCAAAAAGUGGUCGUGAGCCACAGCACACACCGGACCUUCGGCAAGCAGCAGUGGCAGCAGCUGUACGACACCCUCACCUCCUGGAAAGCGAACCUUGCAACCGUCAAAUCCAGUCUGCAAACCUUAUCGCCGUCUGCCUGAAUUUUCCUUCCCACCGGAUCAGACCUCCUCAGCCCAGAUUCUUUCAUAUUUCUGCUUUCAAAGCUGUCCCACUGAUCUGCUCAGUUUUUAUAUACAUCUAAUAAAAGACGAGUGGAGUUGA